CUCGUAUCGCAGGCUUCUAAGCUGUCAUUAUAACGCGGAGCCAGCCUGCGCCUAUCAGCCCCGACACCUACACUGCAGUGCCCGACGGGCAAAAUCUGAUGACAUCGAUGGCUUACGACCAUGCACUGCAGCGAGGUCACGGAGGCUGAGACCCAGCAAAAACCGGUUUCCUUACGUCCCCCUACAGACCUGAAGAUGGGCAAUUGAUCUCGCAACCCGCACGAAAUGCAGAGGCGCGUUUAGAUUUUCGGGUACCUACAAAUACUACCUAGCAUAUGCGCAGUUGCGGCAGGCUGGCGAGCAUACAUCAUACCCGCAGUCUUGUUACCUAUAGAUACCUUACCUUAUAUCACUCUCCAACACCGGGCCACUCUACCCUCCCUAGCAUUCUUCGUGCUUAUUGCUUGAUCCUCUAGACCCCGAGAUUACCAUCUUUACAAGAACCCAGUUGUACUUGAUCCCGCGAGGCCCGUGCUGCAGACCAGACCUCAGAUCACUUCCUCCGUUGCCCCCGCUCAUACUGAGCCAACAAACCAUCAGCGGAACCCCUCCUGCGGUUUGCACUAUCAACACUUCCAUCCAUCUACCCUACAAACAGCUUGAUCGCUUUUCUGUCAAGAACAUCCUAAACCAUGUCUGACGACGCCGGCAUUCUCAAGAAAACCUCUGAUGCCGUCGCAUCAGCCUGGGCCUCGGUGGCAGGCGCAGUCUCAGGAAGUCUGUCAAUGGGUGCUUCGGCCAGCAACAAGAAGACCACGACGACAAAGACAACGAUUCCUGCAGGUCAACAGUCUCAAACUACGGAGGGUGCAGCAGACCAGCCAGCACAGGGCAGGAUCACAACUGGCGAUCCUGGGGAACAGAAGAGAUUGACGAAGCAGGAGGCAGAUGCGCAGUACGAAGAAAGGAUUGAGGAUGAGUAUGCGAAGAGAGAGGGAGGGGCAUGAUUCAUAAUUACAAAUAUUGCAUCAUGCUUCAUGCUGUUGAACGUGGAAGGACAGACAAUAUAGUCGCCGUGGUAGCAGAUCAGGUCUCUUGAAGAUUCCUCUCUCGACAUUCGACAUCGAUUCUUCACUUCGAGUGAACAUUGGGAGAUUACUAUGAACCUGUGCAAGAGAUACUCCGUAACAGUCCAAUGUUUAUUCAUCUAGCUUCCUGAA